GGAUUUCUGGCAAUUCCUUCUGCGCAAGCAAUUGUCGGCUGAUGCAUUGGCGCACCUUAACUUCACUGUGUUUGGUUUGGGAGACUCGUCGUACACAAAGUACAACUACCCGGCCAAGCGAUUACACAAGCGUCUGUUACAGUUGGGAGCCCAACAGUUCUACAAACGUGGGUUAGGAGAUGACCAGCACUUGCUAGGACUGGACGGUGAAUUGACACCUUGGCAGGUGGGUCUGUGGCAAAAGCUGCUUUUCCUUCAUCCCUUACCUGAAGGCGAGAAGGUUGCUGACACGGCUUUGACACGCCCGCUGCCAAAGUACCGUGUCGCUGUCAUGUCCAAAGGAACUUCAGACUCCACCGGUAACCAGCCAACAAAUUCCAGCACACCCGCACAGACACCUCAAAGUGGUCCCUUCAGCAGUACAAAUCCCCUAUCGGCCCAAGUGAAGUGCAACGAACGCAUGACAACCGAAGAUCACUGGCAAGACGUUCGCCAUAUAGUGCUCGAUGUGGCGGACCCAGACGG